AUGCCUAUUGUUAGCAGGCUCGUCAAAGGCAUCGGGGCAGGUAUUGGAGCAGCAUCGGAGGCCAUCGCAGACCACAAAGAAAAGAAAGCUGCCAGAGAGCGCGGGCUCUCCCCCAAUCCUCUCGGUGAAAGCGAGACGGGCGAAAGUUCUAGGGGUGGCGUUGGGUCUGGCGCCCAUACCAGUUAUCCCGAAGACAAGAAAUCUCACGCCGCCCACGGGGACGAGGACGACGAUGCCUCGAGUGUGAGCAGUUCAGACUUGGACAACGACACCGCGGAAUGGGCACUUGAUGACGCGGCCGAGGAGCUUAACAACCAACCACCUCCCACUUACGAGCAAGCGGCGGCUGCAAACCCCGUAUCAGACGAAGAGGUCGCAAGAGCUUUUUUGAACCAGCACAAGAUCGUUCCGACUCCCCACCAGACAUUCAAACCUCUCCCAUCUCCAGUCAUUCUCCCUCAACGUCGGCCGAAGGACAAAACCCGGGGAUUUGUUCGGGCCUAUGCCCCUCUACUGGGCGAAUGCGCUGGAAUAGAUCAAAAAACCUUUAUCGAUUUCAUCAAUGACCUGGACCGAGCCUCGAAGGCCAGCCCGGUCUUCGACGUGAUCAAUCUGGCGUGCUUCGCCGUGGGGAUGGUGCCUAAUCCCAUCACCUUGGCCGUCACCAUUGCAGUACAGGUCGCGAGCGGCACUGCCAAAGAGGUCCAGUCGCGCUACCGCCGCAACACCUACCUCGAUCAAAUCAACGAAUCGCUCUUCAAACCGCGCGGUCUGUACUGCUUGAUCAUGACCUUCAAGCCCGACAACCCGCACGAUCCGAUCCUGGGCAUGGACUUGACGAAUCUCGGCGGCCACAAAUCAACCUCAACCGAUCAGGCUCUGGUCAAGGCGACCUCGAUCCCGGACUCGGAGCUCAAGCAGAAGCUCGCUAAGAUCCGUCUCACCUCCGGCACCAGUCGCGGCGAGUUCUCCCUCCCGGAAUCCGCGCCACUCAUCUACCCGUCGCUCGAUGCCGCCGCUCAAGCCGCGCUCGACAGCGCAGGUGGCACCUCGGGGGCCACGCAGAGCGUCCUCCCCCAGAGCGCAAAGGACAAGCUCCAUUCCUCCGGUGGGUUUCUCGCGAGCUACCUCGAUCGCCGGGCCCAGGCGUCCUACGCAGGGAUGCACCCGGACAGCAGACUAGUGAUGCCUCCGCCCGAGAAGAAAUUCGCGUCUCGGUUCUCCGACCCAAACCAUCCCGCCAACUCUGGCACCAUUCUGGGUCUGUUGACCGGUGGGCACUUCGACCCGAAAGCCAAGCGCCGGGGUCGCAGAGCCCAGCGGCAUGCGAGGUGGAGGGGCCACGAGCUGAGCGAGACGGACAUCCACAACGCCGAGAUGGGCAGACUGCCCCGGAGACAUCAGGGCUUGAUUCGACGUGUCCUGCACAAGGAUAUUCUGUACUUGACCGUCGUCAAUUUGCCCAGUGAGAGUGAGAUGCAAGAGAACUUGCAGCAGCUCGACAAGGCGAAAUGA